AUGCUCGGGGGGGGGGGUGUCGGACACAUCGCCAUCUUCGUGAGGCCUCUGAACGUGACCCGCGGGGAUCGAGUGGUCCUGACCACCAACGUCCUGCUAGCUUCAGACGGGACGGACAAACCCGAGGAGCUGCAGUACGUCCUCACGGUCCCUCCAGCUCACGGACACCUCGAGUACGUACGACACCCGGGAGUCUCCAUCUCCACCUUCAGCCAGAUGGACAUCGCGGCCAACAUCGUGGCUUAUGUCCAUGAUAAUCGGGCGACUGGGGCGAAAGAGGCAUUUGAGUUUGUCGUGAGUAACGGUAAAAGCAGCAGAAACGGCAGCUUUGAGAUCUCCGUGGAGAUGGUGGACCGCAUCCUUCCCUCUCUGUCCCACAACAAAGGCCUGACCGUCCCCCGCGGCUCGUCCAUGAUCCUGGGUCCAGACUGUCUCUCUGCGUCCGACCCCGACACCCCGCCCAGCUCUGUCACCUUCUUCCUCUCUCAGCCGCCCCAAUAUGGCCGCCUGCUGCUGGACGGUGUGGACCUCAACUCCGGGUCAAACUUCACCCAGAGGAACAUCCAGGACCUGCAGCUGACCUACAAACACGACGGAGGCCCGGCUCUCAUCGACCGCUUUGCCUUCACCACCUCUGACAGCACCAGGCGGGGUUUCCUCCUGGACGGGAAACUCCAAACCCAGCCUGAGUUUUUCACGAUUCAGAUCAGAUCGUUGGACCAGUCCCAUCCCGAGGUAGUGACGCUGCUCCCUCUGUGGAAGGCUGAAGUGUUAGCGGACGGUCGCUACGGGAUCUUUCUGUCCUCCAGAGACGUGAAGGCCAGAGACGACCACAGCCGCGAGGACCAGCUCUGGUUCUCUAUCGUUCGACAGCCGUACUUUGGAUAUCUGGAGAAUAUUACCACAGGAGGCUUCUUACCUCCGCGCUUCGCCCAGACAGAGCUGAACAAGAGAAGCAUUGUGUACGUCAUUAACCCCGACAUGGAGUCUCUGUCGGACAGCCUGGAGUUCACAGUGUCUGAUCCUCUGGGGAACACUGGGCCCUCUCACACGCUGCGUCUGAGCUGGGCCCGGCUGGAGCUCUGCGAGACCAGACUCUCUGUGUGCGAGAAGCAAGGGACUGUUUCUGUGGACAUAGAGAGAAAGGGGAACCUGGCGGAGUCCUCAUAUGUCACUGUCAAGGUGAAAGAUGUGACAGCCACCACUGGGACGGAUUUCGUUGUGAACCCGUCUUCUCUUGUUCAGUUUGACCCCGGUGUCUCAAAGAGGAGCUGGCAGAUUAAGAUAGUCCAGGAUCUUCUUGAGGAGUCCGAGGAGGUCUUUGAGGUGCAGCUCGUGGCUCCGGAGGCUUCGGUCAUCGGCAGAAGUGACCGAGCUGAGAUCACCAUCAGAGACGCAGGCAGAGGAUGCGCGGCAGGACACCCCCACGAAGCUCCGGUUCUGGGCGGGAGCGAAGUGGGGUCCAAGCCGUACCCAGAACAUGGAACCAUCACGGUGGAGAAGUUACCCCUGGAUCCGGACCCUGUGGUCUGGACUCGCGGAGACAGCCUCAGGAAACCAGAGUCUAUUCAGCACCAGAAGAAAAUCCGAGUGAUGGGGAGUCCUAAAUCUAUCGCACCUUCCUCUGUGUUUCACAACGGGACAGAUACAGUUUUUACAUAUCACGGCAUCAUGACAAUGCGAGUGGAAGACGACUCCGCCCCAUCGAGAAAAGGCAGAAAAGCAAAUGUCCAGGUUCUGAACCAGAGACCGAAGCAACAAGCCCAGACCAAGACCUCGAAGACCAGUGUUCAAAGGAAGAGCAGCGGUCAGGUCAAAACAGUCAAACCAGCUGAAUCUGAGGCCGUGGUCCCGAAGCGGUGUGAGCCAGAGCUGAUGGGGCUCUUACACUUCAACCAGAGCACGGGGCAGAUGUAUCACUGCAACGGCGUGUCCUGGAAACCCUGGGCUCCUUCGGAAACGAUGGUGAAUGCUCAAAAGUGCAGAAGAGGAUGGAGGUUUCACGGCGGACACUGUUACAUGAACUCGGAGCAGAAAGCCACAUGGUCCACUGCUAACAGAGCCUGCAAAGAGAGAUACAAGGGAACGCUAGCAAGUGUGCUCUCCAAGGCGGACAUGGAUUGGCUGUGGGAUUUCAGUGGACGUAAGCCCUUUUGGAUAGGCCUGAACGACAGAGAGGGCAGGGGCCGCUGGGAAUGGGCUGGCGGAGACCCCGUGAGCUUCACCAACUGGAGGAAGUCACCUCCAAGAUCCAAGACGAAAGGGAGUAAAAAGUGUGUCCUGGUGUGGAGACGAGCCAAGUGGCAGAUCCGGGACUGCAAGACGAGCCGGAACCACCGCUACAUCUGCUCCACCAAGACCUAA